AUGCUAGUGCAAGCUUAUAACCUAAUGGCUCAUGCCUUCCUUCUCUUCCUCUUAUUCCCUUACAUUAUAUCCACAAAUAUUCAUGACUGCAAACAAACUGAAUGCAGCUCCCUUCAGUCCUUUGCCUCAACUCUCUCUUCUCCUCCUUUAAAUUGGACAUCCAUUGAUUGCUGUCAUUGGAAGGGCAUCACUUGUGAUCAAGAUGGUUGGGUCACCCACUUGCUCUUGCCUUCCAAAGGGCUCAAAGGAGGUAUCUGUCCCUCUUCACUUGCAAAUCUCACGCAUCUCACUCACUUGAACCUUUCCCACAAUUCACUAUAUGGUUCACUUGAAACUCAGUUCUUCUUGUCUUUGAAUCGGCUUGAUAUCCUCGAUUUGAGCUAUAACAAUCUUUCUGGAGAGCUACCAAUUUCUCUACUAUCUAGCAAUAUCCAGACAAUUGAUUUGUCCAGCAAUCACUUCUUUGGUGCAAUUCCAUCUUCAUUCUUCCAACAAGCAAGCAACUUAACUAGUUUCAAUGUUUUUCGUGCCAAUCACAAUAACCUCUCAGGAUUACUUCCAGAAGAUAUCUAUAAUGCUACCAAACUGGAAGAAAUUGCAUUACCUCUCAAUUCACUACAUGGAGCCAUUAGUGGUAAAAUUGUCAACCUCACCAACCUUGCCAUCCUUGACCUUUCCUCUAAUCAUUUUGGCGGCAAGCUUUCUCACAAUUUGGGGAAGCUUUCCAGGUUGAAGUUUGUGACCUUAGAUUUCAACAAUUUAGAAGGUGUGUUGCCCCCAUCUUUGAUGAAUUGCACAAACCUUGUCGAACUGCGUUUGGGAAACAACCACUUGGAAGGAGAUAUCUCUGUGCUUAAUUUCUCAAGACUGAGUCAACUUACUAAACUUGACCUACGGAUCAAUAACUUCACUGGUACGGUUCCAGUAAGCCUUUACUCAUGUAGGUUCCUAAAAGCCAUUCGGUUGACUGGAAAUAAUCUAGAGGGACAAAUACAAGCUGAGAUACUUUCAUUGAAAUCCUUGUCCUUCCUCUCGCUUGGUUACAACCGAUUCACCAACCUCACAGGGGCAAUGAAGAUAUUGAUGAGUUGCAAAAGUCUUCACGCACUCUUGCUUAGCGGUUCCUUUGUGGGUGAGGGAAUGCCAUCUGAUGAUGACAUGGUUGAUUUUGAUGGAUUCCAAAAUCUUCGGCUCUUGGGUUUGGUUCGUUCUAACCUCACUGCAACGAUAGACUUCUCUACGAAUAACAUUGUUGGUGAUAUACCCACGGAGAUCAGCCAAUUGCAUCUUCUCUACACGUUGAGUCUUGACUCCAACAACUUCUCCGGUGUCAUUCCAGACCAAAUAUCUAACCUAAAAAAUUUAGAGGUUUUGAACCUCUCCAUGAAUCACUUGUCUGGAAUAAUCCCAUCGUCAUUGGCGAGCCUUAAUUUCUUAAAAGAAUUUAAUGUCUCACAUAAUAACCUUGAAGGAUCGAUACCAACAGGCACCCAGCUCCAAAGCUUCGAAGUUUCUGCGUUUGAGGGGAACCCAAAACUUUGUGGUGCGCCACUUCCAAAGUGUGAACCAAAUAAGGGCAUUGAUGCAGAUAACAAGAACAACAAAGACGUGCACAAUUGGCUUCAUCAACUUCCAUGGUUUUAUAUCUUUGCAGCAUUGGGGUUUAUAGUGGGAUUUUGGGGAGUUUGUGGUUGUUUAAUUAUUAACAAGACUUGGAGAUAUGCAUAUUUUCGAUUGAUAAACAAUGUACAAGAUAGGCUCCUCUAG